AUGGAUGGAUGUGGCUGGAAGGAAAUGGAGGUGGCUCUGGUCAACUUCGACAACUCAGACGAGCCCCAGGAACAGCCGGGCUACGCCGCGGACUUCAGCGCCACCAGCCCGAGGGGGCGGCCCGGGGGCAGCCCCUUCUCCACCUGGAGGAUGCUCCUCGGCGACGGCGGCAGCCACGAGACCGCCUUCUCCAGGCUCCCGGGGGACUGCGCCGACCCCGCGGGGCCCGAGCCGGCGGCCAAUGAGGGGAACCAGCGGGUGAUCAUCAACAUCGCCGGGCUGCGGUUCGAGACCCAGCUCCGGACCCUCAGCCAGUUCCCCGACACCCUCCUGGGGGACCGCGAGAAGAGGGUGCAGUUCUUCGACUCCAUGAGAAACGAGUAUUUCUUUGACAGGAACCGGCCCAGUUUUGAUGGAAUCCUGUAUUAUUACCAGUCCGGUGGGAAAAUCCGGCGCCCGGCCAACGUCCCUAUAGACGUCUUCACAGACGAGAUCGCCUUCUACGAGCUGGGGAGCGAGGCCAUGGACGCGUUCCGGGAGGGCGAAGGCUUCAUCAAGGACCCCGAGAUACCGCUCCCCGCCAACGACUUCCACCGGCAGUUCUGGCUCCUCUUCGAGUACCCGGAGAGCUCCGUGGCCGCCCGCGGCGUGGCCACCGUCUCCGUGCUGGUUGUGGUCAUCUCCAUCACCAUCUUCUGCAUGGAGACGCUGCCCGAGUUCCGAGAGGACAGGGAGGUGAAGAUGGUGAGGGACCCGGGCCUCAACGUCAGCAGGGCCAUCCUGUCCCCGACCAUGUUCACGGACCCUUUCUUCACGGUGGAGUCCACCUGCAUCGUGUGGUUCACCUUCGAGCUGCUGCUGCGCUUCGCCGUCUGCCCCAGCAAGACCGGCUUCUUCAAGAGCGUCAUGAACGUCAUCGACAUCAUCUCCAUCGUCCCCUACUUUGCAACCGUCACCACGGAGCUGGUCCAGGAGGUGCAGCCGACGGCCGAGCAGAACGUGUCGCUGGCCACCCUGCGGGUCAUCCGGCUGGUGCGGGUCUUCCGCAUCUUCAAGCUGUCCCGCCACUCCAAGGGGCUGCAGAUCCUGGGCCAGACGCUGAAGGCGUCCAUGCGCGAGCUGGGGCUCCUCAUCUUCUUUCUGUUCAUCGGCGUCAUUCUCUUCUCCAGCGCCAUCUACUUCGCCGAGGCCGACGAGCCGCAGUCCCAUUUCUCCAGCAUCCCUGAUGGCUUCUGGUGGGCAGUGGUCACCAUGACAACGGUGGGCUACGGGGACAUGUGCCCGACCACGGCGGGGGGCAAGAUUGUGGGCAUCCUGUGCGCCAUCGCGGGGGUCCUGACCAUCGCACUCCCCGUGCCGGUCAUCGUCUCCAACUUCAACUACUUCUACCACCGGGAGACGGAGAAAGGACAGGGGCAAAAAGACGCCCCAGGAGAAUUCAACAAAGUCCCGCGCAGCGCCGGGCCCAGAAUGGGCAGCACGGACUCUCUGAGUAAGACCAACGGUGGCUGCUCCCCGGAGAAGUCCAGGGAGUGAUCCGGUCUGUCGGGGCGGCCGGGCUCCCUGAGUCCCCCUGUCUCUGUGUCUCUGUGUC